AAAUAGAAGAGUCACCACGCCGAGGCUCGCUCGUCAGGAUUCUGCGUUGUUUGUCUUGUUUAACUAGUUUUGGUUAUCUGUGAACGCGCGAUUAUAUCAUAAAGCUGUGUGAAGUUUGAAGGAUAUUAAAGACUUCCGUCAAGCUGAGCCUGUGUUUUGCUACUAUAUUCAGCCCGUGCUCUUUUGUUUGGAGUGCGAUUCCAUUGAACUUGGUCUAUUGUUGUUGGAUGAGAAGCAAAACUUGGCAUUGAGGCUCCUGGGAUCCAAAUACUACAGAACAAACAGUGGUCAGCUUGCAGAUGUUUACAGCUGGACAAUCCACUUUAAGGAUAAAAAUGGAUAUACGUCCUAAAUUCUUGGAAGAGUUUUUGUCCUGACCACUGUCCUGGAUCUAUACCAUAAGUAAGAAAGAGUGACCCAUCUCUCAACAAGAAAAGACUUCUGUGAUUUAUUUUUUCUGUGGACUGUACUUAAGCAAUCAUCAUGCCUAUUCUGAAGCAGCUCGUCUCCUCGUCCUCCCAGUCAAAGCGGCGCUCACGUGCUGACCUCACUGCAGAGAUGAUCAGCGCACCUUUGGGAGACUUCCGUCACACAAUGCAUGUAGGUCGAGGAGGCGACGCAUUUGGGGACACCUCUUUUCUUAGCACUCGCUCCGGAGAGCCACCAAAAGAGCCAGAGGUACAGCAGAGCUCGCCUAAACAGAGUCUCCUUUCCCGUACGUUCCGAAGCAGCAAACGCUCGCAGUCAGUCAAUCGUGACAAGCCUGACAAAUCCAAACUGGCACCUCCAAGUGGCUCGCCGAGUUAUGUGAAAAACGCAAUCUCACUUCCAUAUUUGAAUGAUGAGGACUCGGGACGAGGUACUGGAAUGCACCUACCCAAAAGCGUGUCCUCGAGUCCACUGAAGAAACUUCCGGAAACUGAUGUGAAGACAUUUGACGGAAAGCCGCUUAAUGGAGCAGCGGCUCCCACUGUAUCAGACUUGGAGUUGGAUGAGAAGAAUUUCGGUGAGCUGACUGACUUGCGUCCAUCAGCUCCUUACACCGGAGGCAUGAAGCACGCCGAGUCCAUCAUGUCCUUCCACAUUGACCUGGGUCCUUCAAUGCUUGGAGACAUCCUGAGCGUGAUGGAAAAGAAAGGCUAUGAUGAUGAUGACUUGGGUUUUGAAGAGGGGAAGAGUAGUGAAGGACGUGGAUCGCCACCCCAGAGUCCUCCCAAUGAGGUGGAAGAAGAGGACCCUCUUCCUCCAAUCCGCCCCCCACGCCAAAGGCCAGGCACUAACCCCUACACUCCAGAGCUCCAAACCAGAAACCAUCAACACCUUGACAGCUGUUCCGUCUCCAGUUCAGGGUCCACUGUGCUGGAUGAAAAACCUCACAAUUUGAUCUAUGAUGGCAACAUGGAUAACAUCAAGUACAGCUCGCCCCGAGUGCAAGACGACACAGACUUCUCCUAUAUGGAUGAUGACGAUGAGGAUGAAGAGAUUAGGGUGUAAAACGAACUGUAAGAAGAUGAUUGGUCAGUUCAAUUGAUAUAUGUAAAGCUCCCACACUGACAUGGAGGACUGACUUUAUAAUGGAGAUCAAAGGGAAAACUUGUGUUUAACCCUUGCUGAAUGCUUUUUCUAUACAAUUCCUAGUUCAGAUAAACAAACCCUCUGUUACUUGUAACUUUCACCAGAGCCGCUGCAGCUGUGAGAGGAAUGUGCUUGUAUGUUUGCAUAUGCCGAGGCAAGGGGAUUCCAUUUCAAAUGGUAAUUACAGUCCCGAGAGCAUCAUUAAUGAAUUCCAGUGUUGACCGCUGGGAAUGCCAAUACAGGAGGUUUGUGUGGAACCAAGCUUCAGAUUUUCAUAAUUGAUGCAGUACUCUGAUACAGCUUGUUUAUGCCUUUUGGACUUGGACACUACAAUCUAAUGCCAACAGUCUUAAGUUUCCUUACGGUUUUGGAUUCUAUCUUUAAGUUAUAUUCUAUGUUUUUGCUUUGUAUACUACAGUAUAAUGAUGUAAAUGAUGAAUGGAAUGCCAGAAACGUAUUUCAGCAGAUUGCUUUAGGUCUGGCAUGCGCUACUUUUUUCCCUUCUCUUGAGAUUUGCUCAUGUUUCAGAUCUGGACUUUGUCUUACGGUGUAUGUUGUGUGUUUACGGGGAUUUCCUGUCAGGUCACAUGAAAUUCUUUAAUCUGGUUGAUGGAAUACAGAAACCGAAAGCAGUGGUGACAUUGCAUUACUUGGCGGAAGUAGAGUGGAAUCAAUAAUGACUUUUCAAUGUUCGUGUGAAUGAGGAUUGAUCUCAAGAGGGCCGAGAAGUGUGCUAUUUGAUUAUUGUUGUAUAGGCUCAGAGAUGAAGAGCAUAUCUCUCUUAUUCAGGGUCUAGCUUAGUGCCUCGAACUUCAAACCCAUGCUCAUCAGCAGAAGUGGCUCUAGAGGGUUUUCAUCUCUGAAUGACACUUGUAGGCCUUUGUGUUUCUUUAUCAGGGCUUUGAAGAGAAAAUCCACUGAUGAGCCUGUAAGUUAGUGCCAAACACUCUCAGAAAUAAAGGUACAUGAGCUGUCACUGGGGGUGGUACCAUUUUGAUACACAUUUGUGGGUCCAUAUCAGUACCUCAAAGGUACAUAUUAGUACCUAAAAAGUAUAAAAGUAUUCCUCUUAAAAUGUUUAGGUACUAGUAUAUACUUUUGAGGUACCAAUAUGGACUCUUUAAGUACAAAUGUGUACCUUAAGAAAAGGUACCACCCCAGUGACCGCUUGCAUACCUUUAUUUCUGAGAGUGUACCAUUUUCUAAAUGUACUUAAUUGAAAUCAACAAGCAAACCUGACCAUCUUUCAAUACAAAGCUAUCGCAUAACUGUCCUUUAUGAAGUGUGUGAUUUCUGUACAACUAUCUACACCAACUAGAAAUUCCUUCCAGGAACGAGGUAGAGUGGCAUUGGACAGUAAUUGGCAUUGGCUCAACCAAUCAUAAGACUUUGGAAGCGGGGUAUUUGUUUGCUCAAUGGUAGGCAUGUAAAUAUUUCAAACUUGUUUUUUUGGAAUUCUGUUUAGUGCCUCAGAAAUCACACACUCCACCUUUAGGUCUCGAUUGCAAAAUUUUCAGAUGUUAGCAGUUAGCAAAUUGCGCUAAUACUGGCAAGAUGUUUAACACCUUCAAAGAUUCUAGUUUACCACAUAAUACAUAACAAUAGCAUCAAUUAAUGAUCUGGUAACUUAGUGAGUGUUAAUUACAAACUUGUUUCUAUCACAUUAAGGCUUUGUGGGAGAUUAUUUAAAAGUGUUCUGCUCUCAAUAUAUGUACAUUAUGUUCAGUUAUUCAUUUACCGUAUAUUUGAGUCUUUUAAUUGACAUUAUGGUUUAGUCAACAGUGUUGGCCCUGUAAUCUGACAGUAUAAGCACACUAAACGCUUGGAGAGCACCAUUUUGUACAAUUGGUUAUAUUCAUGACUUUAUAAUGUUCUCUGUGGCCUUUUACCUUCUCUUGGUGAUAUCUAUUUUGGCUUUGUGUUCAUCUAAAAACUCUAAACUAAAUUAUUUCCUUGCUCAUCUGUCAGUGUUUUCAAUAGUUUGUGAAUCUGCAUGUCUGUACAGAGGAACAUGUACGGUACAAUUAAUAUGAGUAUUAGACAGAAACCAAGACAUGUUGUGGCACUGUUUCCUAUGGUGUUUUUCAGAACGGUUUGGAAAAGGGCUUUAUUAAUGGUGUAUGAGUGGCCUUAUAUCUGGUUGAAAUGCUGCAUUUUUGCUGUUUUGUCUGCUAGUACAGACGGAGGAUAAUCAAAUGUGCCAAUUCUUCGAUCUCCCUUUUGUUGUCAUUUAAUUGUAUGGGUUAAGGACAUGUAUUAGGGAUAUCAUGCUGCAUUCUUUUGAAGAAGACCAGAUGUCCAGAGCUGGAUUUGUGAGACUAAAAGUGAGCUUGAAUGCUGGACUGUAAUGGAUUUUGAGAGAAUCGGAGCUCCCUCUACAGUUUGUUUUUUUUCAGUAGUUUUCUUUCAGGCCCUUAAUACUUAGUGUCUAUACUUUAGCUGAAAACAGUACCAUCUAUAUAUGAUGGCAUUAAAGGUUACUUUAGUUUCUUUGCUUUAUUACUAUACGAACACAGUUGUGUAAUCAUUUACAGCACCACAUCUUCAUUCAAUUUCUACAGACAAUGGUUAACAAAGCACUAAAGCAUAGUAUAAAAGCUUUUCUUUAAUUUUCAGGUAUUUGCUUUCAGUCUUAUAGUUUUUUCAUUUAAUGUCUGUAUCAUUCUGUACUGAAAUAAUAUAUAUAUAACGAUCUGCCUCACUUUCCCUCGCUAAAUAAUAACGGUUAUAUUUUUCAAUAAAAGAGAAAGCUGACAAACUUCA